AUGUCGAAGGAGGAUGCCCUCAGCGAGGAAGCCAUCCACGACGAUGACCAUGACACCGGCACCCCCAACCCCGACGGCGAGGACGAGAGCCAGGUGCAUCGCCGCCUGCGUGCCAACAGCUCCAUCAUGAAGCUCAAGAAGAUCCUCGUCGCCAAUCGCGGCGAAAUCCCCAUCCGCAUCUUCCGUACCGCCCACGAGCUGUCUCUCCAGACCGUCGCCAUUUACAGCCACGAAGACCGCCUCUCCAUGCAUCGCCAAAAGGCCGACGAGGCCUAUGUCAUUGGCAAGAGAGGAGAGUACUCGCCUGUCCAGGCUUAUCUGGCCCAAGACGAGAUCAUCAGGAUUGCCAAGGAGCAUGAUGUCCAGCUCAUACAUCCCGGUUACGGAUUCUUGAGCGAGAAUGAAGAGUUCGCCAGGAAAGUAGAAGAGGCUGGUCUGAUCUGGGUCGGACCGAGCUGGAAAACCAUCAAUGCCUUGGGAGACAAGGUGUCCGCUCGCACCCUCGCCCAAAAAGCCGGCGUGCCCAUCGUCCCCGGCACACCUGGCCCCAUUGAGAAGUUCGAGGACGCCAAGUCCUUCACCGACGAGCACGGCUUCCCCAUCAUCAUCAAGGCCGCCUUUGGCGGUGGUGGGCGAGGCAUGCGCGUCGUGUGGAAGCAGGAAGAUCUGAAGGAUAGCUUUGAGCGCUCCAAAUCCGAGGCCGAGAAUGCUUUCGGCAACGGAACGGUCUUCGUGGAGCGCUUCUUGUACCGCCCGAAGCACAUUGAAGUCCAACUGCUGGGAGACAAUCACGGCAACGUGGUGCAUCUCUUCGAGCGAGACUGCUCGGUGCAGCGACGACAUCAAAAGGUGGUCGAGCUGGCUCCAACCAAAGAUCUCUCCCCAGAGGUCCGAGACAACAUCCUCAACGACGCAGUGAAGCUCGCCAAGUCUGCCGGCUACCGCAACGCCGGCACCGCCGAGUUCUUGCUCGAUCAGGAUGGGAGCUACUUCUUCAUCGAAGUCAACCCUCGUAUCCAGGUCGAGCACACCGUCACCGAGGAAAUCACCGGCAUCGAUAUUGUGGCCGCACAGAUCCAGAUCGCAGCUGGCGCCACGCUGGAACAGCUGGGUCUGACCCAAGAUCGUAUCUCUACCCGUGGCUUCGCUGUACAGUGUCGUAUCACCACCGAAGACCCCGCCCAAAACUUCAGCCCGGACGCUGGCAAGAUUGAAGUCUACCGCUCUGCUGGUGGCAACGGUGUUCGUCUGGAUGGUGGAAAUGGAUUCUCAGGCUCCAUCAUCACUCCUUACUACGACUCUAUGCUGGUGAAGGUCUCCUGCCACGGCUCCACGUACGAAAUCGCCCGCCGCAAGAUGCUUCGAGCAUUGGUGGAGUUCCGUAUCCGAGGCUUGAAGACCAACAUCCCUUUCCUCACCUCGCUCCUCUCGCACGAGACCUUCAUCGAAGGCACCUGCUGGACCACGUUCAUUGACGACACGCCCGAGCUCUUCUCGCUCAUCGGCAGCCAGAACCGUGCACAGAAACUGCUGAUGUACCUCGGCGACCUUGCCGUCAACGGCAGCCAGAUCAAGGGUCAAUUGAGUGAAUCGAAGUUCAAGGGCGAGAUUCUCCAGCCGGUGCUCACCGACAAGAAGGGCAAGCCGAUUGAUGUGUCGGAGCCUUGCACCAAGGGAUGGCGAAACAUCAUCGUCGAGCAAGGUCCCGAGGCCUUUGCAAAGGCCGUGCGAAAGAACAAGGGUUGUUUGUUGAUGGAUACCACGUGGCGUGAUGCUCAUCAGUCCCUAUUGGCGACAAGGAUGCGUACUAUCGAUAUGCUCAACAUCGCCAAGGAGACCAGCCAUGCACUGAGCAAUGCCUGGGCCCUGGAGAACUGGGGUGGUGCCACUUUCGAUGUGGCCAUGCGAUUCCUCUACGAGGACCCCUGGGACCGGCUGAGGAAGAUGCGGAAGUUGGUCCCCAAUAUUCCCUUCCAAAUGCUUCUGCGCGGAGCCAACGGCGUGGCAUACUCCUCCCUCCCGGACAACGCCAUCUACCACUUCUGCGAGCAAGCCAAGCGGGCCGGAAUGGAUAUUUUCCGUGUUUUCGAUGCUCUGAACGAUGUCAACCAGCUCGAGGUCGGCAUCAAGGCCGUUCUCAAGGCCGGUGGUGUGGCCGAAGGAACUCUGUGCUACUCUGGCGAUAUGCUGAACCCCGAAAAGAAGUACAACUACGAGUACUACAUGGACUUAGUCGACAAGAUUGUGAAGAUGGGCGCACACGUGCUCGGUAUCAAGGACAUGGCCGGUGUCUUGAAGCCUGCGGCUGCUACCAAGCUGGUUGGCGGCAUUCGCAAGAAGUACCCCGACCUGCCAAUUCACGUGCACACGCACGACUCCGCCGGUACUGGAGUGGCUUCCAUGGUGGCCUGCGCCUACGCUGGCGCCGAUGCCGUGGAUGCCUGUACGGACAGCAUGUCUGGCACGACUUCCCAGCCCAGCAUCAACGCAAUCAUUGCCUCGCUCGAGGGCACUGACUUUGACCCUGGCCUCGAGAAUCAACAGGUCCGCCAGUUGGACACCUAUUGGGCACAAGUACGCCAGUACUACUCCGGUUUCGAAGCCGGGCUUCUUGGACCCGACCCCGAAGUCUACGAACAUGAGAUCCCAGGUGGGCAGCUGACCAAUCUCAUCUUCCAAUCGUCGCAGCAAGGAUUGGGCUCGCAGUGGGCACAAGUCAAGAAGAAGUACGAAGAGGCCAACGACCUUCUUGGAGACAUCGUCAAGGUCACUCCUACGUCCAAGGUUGUGGGCGAUCUUGCGCAGUUCAUGAUCUCCAACGACUUGAGCUACCAAGACACCAUCGACAAGGCCGAGCAGCUCGACUUCCCAUCGUCUGUGCUGGAAUUCUUCGAGGGUCUGAUGGGCCAGCCGUACGGCGGCUUCCCCGAGCCCCUGCGCAGCCAUGUGCUGCGUGACCGCCGCAAGAUGGACAAGCGACCGGGCGAGUACCUGGAGCCGAUUGAUUUCGAGGACGUGCGCAAGAAGGUCAAGGAGCAGUUCGGACGUACGUCGGAAUACGACGUCGCCAGCUACGUCAUGUACUCCAAGGUGUACGAGGACUACCGUGCCUUUGUGGAGCAGUACGGCGACCUUUCGGUGCUCCCGACGAGAUACUUCCUCAACAAGCCCGAGGUGGGCGAGGAAUUCAACGUGGAGCUGGAGAAGGGCAAAGUGCUCAUCCUCCGCAUGUUGGCCGUGGGCCCAUUGAGCGAGCAGACGGGCACGCGCGAGGUCUUCUUCGAGCUGAACGGCGAGAUCCGCCAGGUGUCGAUCGAGGAUCACAAGGCCAGCGUGGAGAACAAGGCACGAGCCAAGGCCGACCAGACCGACAGCAGCCAGGUGGGAGCUCCGAUGAGCGGCAUGGUGGUGGAGGUGCGGGUGAAGGAUGGUAGCGACGUCAACAAGGGCGACCCGAUUGCCAUUUUGAGCGCGAUGAAGAUGGAAAUGGUCAUCAGCGCGCCGCAUUCCGGCAAGGUGGCCGACUUGUCGGUCAAGAACGGCGAUUCGGUGGAUAGCCAGGAUCUCAUCUGCAAGAUUGGCAAAGGGGGUGAGGGCGGGGAGAAGAAGGAGGGGGCUGAGGAGAAGAAGGAGGAGGGUAAGGAGAAGAAGGAGGAAGGUGGGGACAAGAAGGAGGAGAGCGGGGAGAAGAAGGAAGAGAAGAAGGAGUAA